GGCGGGGAUCCGGGCGGUGGGGGGCUGUUUCGAGGCUGCAGCCCCCUUCUCACCCACGGCCCGGGCCCUGCUACCUCAGGGGGAGUGACCACGCUGCCUGUGGAAGAGCCAAUUGUGUCCACAGAUGAGGUCAUCUUCCCACUCACUGUUUCACUGGAUAGACUGCCCCCCGGGACACCUAAGGCCAAGAUUGUAGUGACUGUGUGGAAGCGGGAGGUUGAGGCACCAGAGGUCAGAGAUCAAGGCUACCUGCGCUUGCUGCAGACCCGAUUUCCUGGGGAGACCUUCCGGGGAGAGCAGAGUGCUUUCAAGGCCCAAGUGAGUACCCUGCUGACUCUGCUGCCCCCUCCAGUUCUGAAAUGCCGGCAGUUCACUGUGGCUGGAAAACACUUGACUGUUCUCAAGGUGCUGAACAGCUCUUCCCAAGAGGAAAUUUCCAUCUGGGAUAUUCGUAUUCUCCCAAACUUCAAUGCCAGUUAUCUACCUGUCAUGCCCGAUGGCUCUGUGCUGCUGGUGGACAAUGUCUGUCACCAAUCCGGGGAGGUCUCCAUGGGCUCCUUCUGUCGGCUUCCUGGUACCUCUGGCUGCUUCCCCUGCCCGCUCAGUGCCCUAGAGGAACACAACUUCCUAUUUCAGCUGCGAGUGGGUGAGCAGCCACCUCCAGGGGCCAAGGAGGGCCUAGAAGUCCCUUUGAUUGCUGUGGUUCAGUGGUCCACCCCAAAGCUGCCCUUCACCCAGAGCAUCUACACCCACUACCGCCUGCCCAGCAUUCGCCUGGACCGCCCGUGCUUUGUGAUGACUGCUUCUUGUGAGUCCCCAGUUCGGACCUAUGAGCGUUUCACGGUGACUUACACGUUGCUCAACAAUCUCCAAGACUUCCUUGCUGUGAGGCUCGUGUGGACUCCGGAGCACGCACAGGCUGGAAAGCAGCUGUGUGAGGAGGACCGGCGGGCCAUGCAGGCUGCCCUAGACUCCAUUGUCUGCCACACGCCCCUCAACAACCUUGGCUUUUCCCGGAAGGGCAGUGCACUCACCUUCAGUGUAGCCUUCCAGGCUCUAAGGACAGGGCUCUUUGAGCUGAGCCAGCACAUGAAACUGAAGUUACAAUUCACUGCUAGUGUAUCCCACCCUCCACCCGAGGCCCGGCCCCUCUCUCGAAAGAGCAGUCCCAGCAGCCCAGCUGUCCGGGACUUGGUGGAGAGGCACCAGGCUAGCCUGGGCCGCUCUCAGUCCUUCUCCCACCAACAGCCUUCCCGCAGCCACCUCAUGAGGUCCGGCAGUGUGAUGGAGCGCAGGGCCAUCACACCCCCUGUGGCCUCCCUAGUUGGCUGCUCCCUCUACCUGCCCCCAGAAAAGGCUGUGCUCUCUCUGGACAAGAUUGCCAAGCGCGAGUGCAAAGUCCUGGUGGUGGAGCCUGUAAAGUAGCACUUUGGCGGCUCUUAUACUCCCAGAAAUCGAAUGCCUCUGGAGGGUGUCCUUGUUCCAGACUGUGCCUCCUUAGGGAUGCCUCCCACUGCGGGUGAGGAGGCCGCAGCCUGUCUGUGUCUGCUGAGGGAAAAGCUGUGAAAUGGGCGGGGGCGGUAGGCUGCAGCACUAAACCAACAGUAUUUCCCUGACUCCCUGGGAGGGCUGGUCCCACCCCUUUGUCAGGGCAAGAGCUCCCUUGUUUCCCCGCCUUGCUCCCUGGUUCUACGUUUACAAAGUGUUUUCUCAUUCCUAUUAAGUUGUCCUUCCUGCCUCUGAAAUCCCCUCUCCCGCCUCCUGAGGGCUGAGAUUAGAGGGUGGUGAUGGUAGAGGGACCCAGACAAUGACCGUCCUGUCAGAGGUGAGGGGAGAUAGCUAGGUGGCCUCCUCCUGCCCCUCAUGUUUACGUUGGCAGCCUGAAGCACUUUAAGUUGUGUGGGUUUUGUUUUUGUUUUUUGUCUGUCCCUGUAACUUAUUCUCCAACUACUGCUUCCAACUGAAAUAAGUCUAUUAAAUGCCUGUUCAGGAGGGAGAA